AUGAUUUCAGCAACAUUGCUUAAUGCAGGCGAAAGCUCACCAGGAUAUUACGAUGAUGAUUACGACGAUAACAAUUAUCACCAUGGUUCUGGAUAUGGUAGAUAUUCCUCGUGCUCAUGUCCUGCUGGACCACCGGGCCCACCUGGUAAUGCAGGGCGGCCUGGAGCUCCUGGUUAUCCUGGAGAAAAGGGUGAACCCGGCUUCUACGGACAACCAGGUCGCCCAGGAAAACCUGGUCCCAAUGGACUACCUGGUAAUACUGGACCACCAGGUAGACCAGGGCGCCCAGGAUAUCCAGGACCGCAAGGUCCUCCAGGAUAUAGUCAAUAUCACCACUAG